AUCACCCUCACCAUCAUCACCACCACCACCGCCACUCUAGUGUGAAGGCAAACUUUAUUAUCAUCAUCACCAUGACUUUGCCUUACCAACAAGACGCAGCCAAGCCAAACACCGCUGAACCACUCCACAGUCACCUCCUCUACAGGUAACAUCACCACCAUCACCAAGUAUACAAGGAAACAGGGUCAUAAUAUUGGGUCAACCACGAAGGUCAAAGGUCACAGGUCAUUCCACGAUGGUACAGUUCAACGGGGCAUACAAACUGGAGAGGAGCGAUAAUAUGGAAGAGUUUCUGGCCAAGAUGAACGUAGGUUACCUGAAGAGAAAGCUGGCUCUCUCCAUGAAGCCCACAGUGGAGGUGAAGGUGGAGGGGAACAGGUGGAGGUUGGUCACCCACACACCUGCCUCAACCCUUACCUGGAGUUUCACCUUGGGGCAGGAGGUGACGCUAACCUCCAGUCAAGGUGGUGAGACUAAGGCCAUCUUCACCCUGGAAGGAGAAAAACUAAUACAGAGCAACUUGAAAGGCGCUGAAGAAAACGUGGAUAUUGUGAGACAGUUUACAGGCGACGAAAUACUCAUGAAACUUACCCACAAGCCUUCAGGAGUUCAGUGCACAAGGGUUUUUAAAAGAAAAUAAGCAACUUCCUCUACCUCCUCCUUCUUCUCCUCCUCCUCCUCCUCCGCCUUUUACUCUACAGGUGAUGGCGUCGGGAAGGACCUUA